AGCACCAGAACUGGUUUGGGAUGGACGAGCAGCUCGGACCCGUGGCUAUAUCGAUACGAAGAGAAAAAGUCAUACAUCCCGAGAGUCAGAUGACGACCAGUCUUAUGCAAUAUCAGUAUAGAUUAGUAAUUCGAACCUCUGAAUUGCAAACCUUACGGGGCGCUGUCUUAGAGGACGCUAUUCCCAACAUCAAGGCAUCCAGCAACCCCAAAACCCUCAAUACCAAAGAAGUUCUCGAAUAUGUAGCUCCUGAAAUCCAACUAAGCUGUCUAAGGCUUGGCGUUCAUAAUCAGCAGGCGAUUGACCAGAUUCUCAAGUUGGACGAACAGGGAUUGACAAACCAUUACAAGGUGGGUAUUAUGUACUGCAAGGCAGGACAAAACUCGGAGGAGGAGAUGUACAAUAAUGAGGAAGCUGGACCAGCUUUUAUUGAGUUUUUGGAGACGAUAGGGAAGAAAGUCAGGCUAAGUGGUUUCGAUAAGUACAAAGCAGGAUUGGAUAAUAAAAAAAUUGAUAUGUAA